AUGGGUUGCACAUAUUCUGUACACGCAGUUGGAAGCAGGGAGAAGAAGAAGAAUAUUCCUGAAGUUUCGAUCUUUGUCCCCUCAAUGCGUGUUCCCGGGCAAUGUGAUGUUCAGAGGACGCUUAGACGCCUAAUACCGACAGAUCUUGCCGAUAGAAUAAGUUCACUUCGGAAUCAGAUCGUGUUAGUGGCAGAGGACACUGGUGGGUCUGCUAUUCCCGAAUUACAACGAGCACUGGAGGAGUACUUGCCUCUUCUAGUUGGCCUAACUGCCAAAGAUCAUGGUCUUCAAGAAUUAGUGGAAUUCAAGUGGAGAAGUUUACAAGAUGGACGGCAAGAAGCCUGUGUCGCAAACUCCUGGUUUGAAGUGCUCUCUGUUCUCCACAUGAUGGCUAUGUUGACAUUGACGGAGGCGAAUUCAAUACUGAUUCCUACGAAUCAUGCUGGUUCUUCUGAAAGAGUUGUAUCCGCAGCGAGUGUACUGCCAGAAAGCAUGAGGGAUGCUGUUGAUUUAUUGCUGAAGGCAGCUGGCUACUUGGAAUUUUGUGUCCGGGAGGUUCUCCUUCACAUACCACCUGAUAUUAAGAAUAGGUUGCCGAAAGAUUUGCAGGAGAAUGUCUUAGAGACUAGUUUCAUUCAAGCACUAGGGCAGGGAACUGAAAUGCAGCUCAGUUUAGCCGUUGGAAGUCAAAAUGCCACUUUAUCAGUGAAAAGGAGGCUGGCUUGUGAACAGUUGAGCUAUUUUGGGCAGGCUCAUUACUGCUUGUCUGGAUACAACAACAAUAAUGGACAUGGGAAGAAGCAUCUGUUGUUCAUCAAAUGGAAGUACCUUGAAGCGAAGGCUGCAGCUUAUUAUUUCCAUGGUCUAAUACUUGACAAGGGUACCGAACCAGCAAGCCACGUUAGUGCUGUGUGUUGUUUCCUUGCUGCUGACGAACUACUAGCAGAGAGCAAGAAGGCAUGUUUAAGCUUUUGCCUUGCAGUUCCUGUGACCAGGGCUCCUCCACUCCAGGGUGCUAUGAAGCAUUUAAAUAGGAAAAUUCCUGAAACUGCAUCUAGGAAGUCUCAGAUGUAUGGCUCCCUUAUAGACCAAGACAAGGGUCUCCAAAUCUUACCCGAUCUUCCAGAAUUUCAGCAGUCACUAAAACCUGAUGACUAUGAGUUGCCUGAAAUAGAUUCAGCAUGGGAUAGUAAAAAAUGGGAGAUGCCAGGUCUAAUCCUGAAAGAGCACCUUAACGACAGUGAAGAGGAGAUGAUACCUGAAUGA